AUGCCCUACAACUUCAUGGAGCCAAUCUUGAACCGCGCGCCUGAGGAGUCCAGGCUUCUCCGGAAAACCGAUCCAAAGAAAGCAAAAACAUACCUAGAGUUGGCGCGGGUGCUGUUGCGAAGAUUUGCUUCCGACACCAGCGGCCGAGCUGUGGAGUUCUUGGUCGACUUGGUGACAAACCAGACUCCCGGCCACCUGGCCCCCUUGCCGUUUUACACUACAGCUGGUUCCCUGGACACGAUCCAAGUUGGCCUUUCAACUGGGGCACUGUACAGGGUGUGGGGCAAUGAUUUCAAGCUGGAGGAGGAGACCAAUCGCCAGAAGGGUGCCCACUGCGCUCAGAACCAAAACUCCGUGGUGAGGAAGAAGACUGUCUUGAAGAAGAACCUCAAGGUUUCCACCAAGAGGAAAAAGUAUCCCAAAUGCACGGUCUAUGCAGCCACGCCAGACCACCCCUCGGGCUUUGUGAGCGUGCAAGAUGCUUUCAAUUGGCCCACAGUUUUUUUGAAUCGUAUUGCUGCAAGAUUGGGCCCACAAUGGGUGUGCCAGCGUUUGGCAGAGUGGCGGUGGAACUUUUCGAGCGCAUUUUCAGGGGUAGGCCCCAUUUGCGUCAGCUUCAGCAAGGCUGGGAAAAGGUUGGGGACCGAAGCUCCGAGCUACAAGUGCCACACAGCCUUCUAUCGGAAGAUUGCUCCUACAAGCGAUGCCAUGUUGAUAGAGAACGUGCCAGAAUACCCAGAGUCUUUGAUCAAGCAGGAGUUGGGGCCCGGCUAUUCAGUGCGCAGCAUUGUGAUAGACCCACGCAUCCUGGGCAUCCCCGCAGCGCGCACUAGGCGCUAUGCCAUCGCAUGGAGGCACAGCAAGGUGAAGUGGAGGCCAGAGAUUAAUCUGGAGGACGUGGUCGCGACAGACAAGAAGCGCUUUCUCAGCGGGGAGGAGAUGCUGGCAUCGCAAAUCCUGCCGAUCAACAAGCAACAGGCCAGUUCCAAUGAUGUAGUUGAUGUUCCCUUGCUCGCCUUCGUCUACAAGCCACCUGUGGAGGGACUCCCUAUCCUCCAUUCGUGGGUGAGUGUCUUGAAGGACAUCCUCUAUCGUGGCUUUGAGAACUGGAGAGAAGUCCUAGAAGUGAAAACAGUGACCGAGCUCAUCCCUCAUGACCAGCCCUACACCUUUGGCCAGGUCCAUGCCGUUAAGGGAAACGGGAGGCUGAGCAUGAUUCUUUGGGCUGUGGUGCACACCUACACAAAUCUUCGGGACAGACUGUCUGCGGAGGAGAAACUUGACUUUGCCAGGUGGCUGAAAUCAGUCUACACCAUCAAGUGCAGGUUCAGCACUGCCUCACUGAAUGAGUGCGUGUGGAGGCGUUUUCAAGUGAAUGACCAGCAGGCUGAACGCCAGAAGAAGAAUGUAGGCGUUGCUCCCACAGUCUGGGCUGAACUGGAGAAGCACCUACACUUCUACCGGUUCGAUGCGUCAGGCAAGACUUUGACAGGGGACUAUCUCUCUGACGCUGACACUGCUCUUGCUGCUUUGGACCCCCAAUUUGAUGUCGAGGAGACCUCCAUGUUCAAAGAGCACAAGCCCGAAGAGGUGGACCAUGUUAAACAGAGAGUGGCCCACGUGGAUGCCCAAAUGACGCUUCUUAACCAAGACGCUCGCAAAGCUCAGUUUGAGGCCGACUGCUUGGCCCUUGCUCGUGACCUCGCACAGGUUGGAAGCAUCUACCAGCAGGUGGAGAAGAACGAUCGUGGAAGGAGACAUGAGAAAGUGGCCCAUUUGAGGGCGCAGAAUGUGAUCGGAGCCAGCAUUGUGAAUGAGUUCAUGCUGGCAAAUCUAGCUGUUCACUCUGGCGUUGUCAAGGACCAGUUGGAAAUCUUUCUCCAGCGAUUCCCUGAUCUGCCCUGCAUCAUAUGGUGUGAUCUUAUGAAGUGUGGCCGGAUGACAGCCACCGAGAUGGAUGAGUUCACCACCGUUAUCAACCAUGUCUUGCACACCCGGUACAAGGCCUCCGCAGCAGUGGUCAUAGCACCAUUCCUGGUAUCCGAGAAGCAUCAAGGGGCUUGGGAAGCCAAGUUCGAUGCCAAAUCGUUCUUUAGUCAGAACAUUGCAGUGCGAUGCGGGCCUCCACCGGCCAAGCGUCGUGUCCCCAUCCAGUUUGAUGGCUGGUUUUUGAUGUCCGACAAAGCCCGGGAUGACAACUGCUUCAACUCCUGCCAGCUCCUGUUGGACAGGCUGGUGAAGCUGGACUUCGAUGUGAACCCGUCCAAGAAAGGAUGGGACAAAAUCAAGCUCAGCAUCCCACCAGCUACAAGAGGCAGGUAUGGGAAGGGGAAUGCAGCAGAGAUGCAAGCUGCUUUCAUUGCUAAGCAAGAGAAAGAUGCGCCCCCUCCCAUGAAGAUUGUUCCAUGGGAAGAGCCUAGUACCAUUGAGUUGCUCAUGGAUCGCUACGUCAUCGAAAACAAGAUCUCAGGGAGAUCACCGGGAACAACACUCAUUCUGGUGAACGCGAAACGUCGGGAUGGAACUCUGGACCAAGUAGGGCCUGAUCAACAAUUCAAGUUGUUUCUCGUAGCUUGGUUCUCAACAAUCAUAUGA